AUGGAUGUUGAUGACAGGCAUCGGCGGCUACGGUUGACGCGUUGUGGCUGGGCGCGAAACUCGAAAGUGGCGGAUCUACGUUGGCCUCCGAGAUCUCCAUAUGAAGCGCUCAUGAGUUCUCCUAAUGGUCGCAAACGAUUCCAAGAGAUGCAAGAACGUCGGCAAGCCGGCAGGGCCUCCCUUAAGAGUUUCGAUGCUUCCCCAUAUGUACGAACGAAAGCGAAUCAGCUGCUGGAAGAUGGGGUCGAAAAUGAUAUGGAAGAGGAGGAUGAGGACGAGGAAACAUUACAGUUGAAACUGGCUGCGAUUGAGGCACGUUUAAAGCUUAAGAAGUUACAGCAGAGCAAAUCUAAGUCGAAGCCCCCGAGUUUCGAGCAGAAGACUAUCAGCGAUACACCCGCUUCUCCUUCCUCGCGACCAACCAUGCGAUUCAUUCCGGAGCGCAAGCGGAAGGCAGCAAAUAUGUCACAGCAGGAAAAUAUACAGGUGCCGGUGUCACCUUCGAAAAGAUUGGCCGCUUCCAUGGAUCCUGUGUCUCCGAGACGGAUUGUUCUUGGGAUUGACAAAGGGAAGAAGGGAACUGACACUUGCAGACAAAAGAAAGAAUCCGAAGAAAAGCGUCAAAUUUCGAGUCUUCCAAGAAAAGCGCAACGAGUUGAGGAAGUUCACGAAGGACGAUGUCAUUCAAUCUUUAUAAUCCACCAGGUUCUGAACUUCGAAAAAGCAAAAAAUAUCUCGAGUGCUAGCGGUAAUUGUUCGGCUACCCAGGAAUUUCAACUCCAGAUGGAAACGCGGCCUACCUCAUCAUUGCUAAACGAUGACAGCACCGAGGAUAACUCACAAAAUAUUAAACCAACUACAGCAACUGAUCCGUCCAAAUUUGAACCAUUCUCUGGACUUCACCUCUCAACUCGAAUUUUGCCCCAUUCCUUCCUAAACCGAACCCUUGAUGCAAAGAGCCCCAUGCGAAUACCGGACUUAUUAAGAACGAUUAAAGGACCUGAAUUCGACCCACCAGAUGUAGAUGGCGAUUACGUCGUUUUUGGCAUAAUAGCAUCUAAGUCAACCCCGAAAGAACAUCAAGAUGUGAAGAAAGGCGCCUCCAAGCAUAAAAAUCUUGAAGAUGACGGCUCAAACAAUACAUCUAAAUAUAUGGUCCUUACCCUAACGGACCUCAAAUGGUCCAUCGACCUCUUUCUGUUCUCCACUGCGUUCCCCAGAUAUUACAAACUCAUCCCAGGCACCGUUGUCGCCAUCCUGAACCCUUCCAUAAUGCCCCCACCACCAAAUAAACUUGAUACUAAUCGCUUCAGCCUCACAUUAAAUUCAUCAGACGACACAAUUCUCGAAAUAGGAAAAGCCCAAGACCUCGGUUUUUGCAAAGCAAUCCGAAAAGAUGGAAAAGUAUGCGAAACGUGGGUCGAUGGUCGAAAAACAGAAUUCUGCGAAUUCCAUGUUGACUUGCAACUUCGCAAGACAACCGCGAAGCGAAUGGAAGUUAACGGCGGGCCUACUACAUUUGGUCCAGGAGGUCGGUCAGGUUCCCGCACUGGCAUGUUUAACAAAAAUCGUGACCUGAAGGAUCGAGACCGAUAUAGACUAAAGCCUGAAGGUCCGCAGACAGACCGCUCUACGGGAUCUACUUACUACGUUGGGCCUCCUAUUCCAGGUAGCCGCUCGGCAGCCAGUCUUAUUGAUGCAGACGACCCUUUCAUCGUUGCUGCUAAUGAUUUCCCGCGUGGUGGCAAUGGCAAGCUGGAACGUUUUCAAAAGCGCCUCGCGGAGCAAGAGCGGGAGCGCAAUAUUGCUAAGGUACUUGGUAGAUCUAAUUCCGUCGGUGCUCAAUACCUGCGUCACCGACAAGCCGGUGGCACGUCGGGACGAGAAGGUUCUGAUGCUAAUGCUCCCGGCAAUAACACCAGGCCAAGCUCUGGUGCUGGCAAUAAUAUUAAUGGGAAAGGCGAUGAAUCUGGGUCACAACCGGCGCGGGUAGCACUAGGAUUGAGUAGCACGAUGAAAAGUGCUGUCAAUGUCAAGUUGGGUCGGAUAAAGAAGAGUGCUGUUAAUAAGAAGACUAGAUUUGUCACUUCGAAGGGCAUCAGGGAUGCAGGGAGGGAUAGUCUUGGUGGUCCAGGGGAUGGCACUGGUAAUGACAAUAAUGUGGAUUAUGAUGAUGACUUGGACAUUGUGUAA